CGUCCGUGGAGAAAGCGACAUGCCAAUCGUCGGCGGAGGCACCGAAGCGAUGAAGUGCCGAGAGUACAUCGAUGUGGCGGUGUCCAUGGUGCAGGACGCCAUUGACCACCGCAAAGAUUGGAUGGAGGAUGCACGCCACGACCAUGGGGGGUGGAAACUUACCGUGAACAAGCGCAACAUGCAAGUUUUUCGCCAUCGCAGCACUCCAACCCUCGGCAACGCCAACAUGAUCAGGAACAGUCACCAAACUGCUUCAUCGCAAGGUGGCGACUCUAGCUCGCAUGCCAGCGCCUCGUCCUUGUAUACUUUUCUCACCGUUGGGUACCUCAACACCACGAUCGAUGAACUCCACACAGCUUUGUUCGCCACAACAUCCGUCGACGACCAGAUCAUGCAUUCGCUGCUCCUGGAAAAGGAGUAUGUCACGUCCCACGUACUCCAGACUCUUUCGGACAUGGCCCCGCUGUCUUUGGACCCGCACCUUCCAGCUUAUUGUGGCGUCAAAUACAUCAAAAUUCGCAUGCCGGCCAGUCAGUUUGGGCUCCAUCCACGGGAAGCUGUCUACUUGGAGUACCUCACCCUUCGCGAAGACAAUACCCUUGCCAGAGUCGUGUACUCGAUCGACAAUUACCUCCCACUCGUCAAAGACCAUCACCGCGCCGUCCUCCGCGAUGUGUGGCUGUUCAUGCCUGCGCCCAAUGGCAAGAUCCAAGUCGUGGCGAAAACCUUCCACGACAUGCAAGGAUCGGCGCCCAAGAUUCUCGGUGACCAGUCGGCACUGAGUUUCUGGCGCGUGUACGAAAAACUCACAUCGUUGUCGUAUAUUCGCCGGUUGCUGUCCGCGGCGGGAACGAUGGGGAACGGCCGUGGCUCCGUGUCGGAUCUCGCGCGAUCGCUUCCCAUCACUCGGGAAUCUUAUCAUCGACCAACAAAUUUUGGCCACAGCAACUUGCGGACGUAUUGCCAAUGCUGCCGGCGGAAGUUCACUCUUUUUCACGGAAAGCGAUUCUGCUGUUCGCAAUGCAGCAUGACGAUGUGCUCCAACUGCCACUUGCGCGUGGUGUAUUCGAUUCAGGCUUCGCCCGACCCCGUCCCUUUCGAUCUGCUGCACUUGACGGCCAUGACGCCCCGCAACGACGUUGUUUGUCUUGCUUGUGUUCAUCGCAGCAAAGAGACUUUCUCUGACUUUGUGAAAGUGAAAACGCCGGAAGUCGACGACGAUGCGUGGGAAGCUGCCCUGGGAAUCCACGCGACAGGUCAUGCCGAGGCAGAUCAACAUCACCACCACCAUGCCCCAUUGCAUGCACCACUCGACAAGGAUGCAGUCAAGCUGCCACCCCAUGCCCACCACGCUCACCAUGGACACGCGGCGCAUCCAAGGCCAGGGUCGCUGCCGGCGCCGGUCACCACGUUGCCUGUCAAAGAAAGCGACUGCGACGUGUUUCAAGAAAUGCGCAAAUCGAUUGCAAUUCAAGAAAGCAUCUUGUCUGCGAUGCGGGCCAGUUGGCAUGGCCACACGGAGCAAGAGAUGUGUGUGCAGCAGCCACACCAUCACCACCAGCGCCCGUCUGAAUUCACCUUUGAACGGGAUAGCGACCGAUUCGAGGAGGUGGUCGAAUAAUUUACGUGAAGGAGCAACCUAUUGCGAAGCUUGCGCCAUUCGCGCGGGACUUGCAGGGACGGAGCACGUUGCCGCCUACGCGACAGCAGCCUCGUGCUAUGCUGCCUUCGCAGCCUGACGACGCAGUGCGAGGGACAUCUCAGGCGUGUGAAAUUGUCUUUAGUAGAAGUACUACUACUACCCUUGGUUCAACUUG